AUUUCAGCAGAAUCAAUUAAUUUAACCCGUUUUAGUGUGACCGAACGUAUUUUAGAUGGUUUACCACAUUACUGUACAUUUGUUCAUAACAUGUUUAUAUACUGCUCUGGUUUAGAGUAGUUUUUGAAACAAAGAUAACACUAGAGAGAGAUAUGGGUGGCUCGGAACACAUAGUGAUGGUGCCAUUCAUGGCGCAUGGCCACUUGAUUCCAUUUUUGGGUUUAGCCCAGCGACUCCACCACCGAACCGGGUUCCGGGUCACCCUCGUCACCACUCCUCUCAACGUCAAAUACCUCACCUCCUGUAUUGACACUGCCGGGGAUGACUCCGCCGCCGCCAAACAGAGUAUCCGAUUGGUAGCGCUGCCGUUCAGCUGCGAGGACAAUGGCUUGCCUCCCAACUCAGAGAACACCGAGGCCUUGCCCUUGCACCACAUGAUCACCAUCAUCCGCUCCACCCUUUCCCUCAAGGAGCCCUUCCGAGACCUCAUCUCCGACAUCACCGCCGGAGACGGAAAGCCUCCGCUCUGCAUAAUCUCCGACAUGUUUAUCGGGUGGGGCAGCGAAGUCGCCCGCUCCUGCGGGACGGUGAACGUGUCCUUCACCACCUCCGGAGCUUACGGCACCACGGCUUACAACUCCUUCUGGCGACACCUCCCCCACCUGUCCGCCGCCAGAGCAGACGGCGGAGGCGAGUUCACCAUCCCCGGAUUUCCGGAUUCCUGCCGGUUCAACCUCUCCCAUCUACACCCUUACAUGAGAGCCGCAGACGGUAAGGAUCCGUGGUCUAACGUCAUCCAAUCGUUCGUCUCCGAUAGCUUAGAUUCAUUUGGAUCUCUGUGCAACACCGUUCAGGAAAUCGAACCGUUAGGCUCGGAAGCGCUCCGAAGCUUCACGAAACUUCCCGUUUGGUGCGUCGGGCCUUUAAUGCCUCCGGUGAUGCUGAAGGACGGACCGGGGUCUCUGGAUAUCGCCGGAAAACGGACGGGGAAGGUUCACGGACUGUCGCCGGAGAAAUGCAGAGAAUGGUUGGAUGAGCAAUCUGAAGGAUCUGUUCUGUACAUCUCGUUCGGGUCGCAGAACACCAUAAGCGCUUCGCAGAUGAUGGAAUUGGCUCUGGGUUUGAAGGAUAGCGGGAAGGCGUUCAUUUGGGUGAUAAGGCCGCCCAUCGGGUUUGACAUUAAAGGGGAAUUCAAAUCCGAAUGGUUGCCGGAAGGGUUUCUAGAAGAGAAUCAGGCACAGAGACAGGGCCCAAAGCAAGGGUUGGUGAUCCACGGCUGGGCACCACAACUGGAGAUCCUGUGGCACAAAUCGACGGGAGCAUUCUUGAGCCAUUGCGGCUGGAACUCGAGCCUCGAGAGCUUGAGCCAAGGGGUGCCUUUAAUCGGGUGGCCGAUGGCGGGAGAGCAGGCCUUCAAUUGCAAGAUGAUGGCGGAGGAAUUGGGGGUCUGUAUAGAGCUGACCAAGGGCUUUAAGAGCAAUAUUGUCAGGGGUGAUGUGAAGAGAGUGAUAGAUGUUGUGUUAGGCAGCAGGGAAAUGAAAGAGAAAGCGGGCCGGGUCAAGGACUUGAUCAGGGCAGCUGUGAAGGAAGAAGAUGCAGCAGCCGAUGAAGGCGGUAAAGGGUCUUCUCUCCACGCAAUUGAUGAUUUUGUAUCCACCCUUCUCUCCAGAAGAAGAGUACCAGUGUGAAUGGUUUUCAAUUCGAAACACUAUUGUGUAAAUUGGGAUAAACAUCCUUGGAAUAAUUGGCUGUAGGCUUGGGAUGAAUAGAAUGUUUUCUAGGACAAAAAAACAAAUUAUUAGAACGGACAUUCCCUCUAUACACUUAGGAGGACAGUAAACGAAAGCAUCAGUUGAAGGGUUGUUGAUUGUUGAACCGUUGGUGUAUGGCUUGUUCAAAGCUCGUGAAUUUAUUAAUUACAAGUCUUGCGUAGGGAACAUGUCAUGUUUUAGCUGCAAAUGAGAAAUUUCUCACGUAAAUUGAAGUGUGUAAAGGUGAACAUAUCCGUUUGUGUUUGGCUUUUUAUCGAUUUUUGGUUUUGUUGGUUUGAAACAUAUCCAAUUUGGAAGAACAUUUAUCAAGUUUCAUACCAAGUAUUUCCAUUGGGUUUGAUUGGUUUGAUUUAGUUUGGAUUGUGUAACUCAAUUCGUUUUUUUUUAUUAUUUGAAUUCAACACAAUUUGAAUUA